GGUCAGGGUGCAGCCCCAGCCGAGACACCCCAUCAGUGUCGUCCCCGCGGCCCUCCGAAGGCUGUGAUCAACAAGAACCAUGAGCCAGAGGCAGGUCCUGCAAGUGUUUGAGCAGUAUCAAAGAGCCCGAACGCAGUUUGUCCAGACUGUGGCUGAAUUGGCUACUAGGCCGCAAAAUAUUGAGACUCUCCAGAAUGCAGGUGUAAUGGCUCUGCUGAGGCCGCUCCUAUUGGAUGUGGUUCCAAAUAUUCAACAGACCGCUGCCUUGGCCCUUGGGAGACUUGCCAAUUAUAACGAUGACCUGGCAGAAGCUGUAGUUAAGGGAGAUAUUCUUCCGCAACUCGUGUACUCAUUGGCUGAACAGAAUCGUUUCUACAAGAAAGCAGCUGCAUUUGUAUUACGAGCAGUUGGGAAACAUUCUCCUCAGCUAGCCCAGGCGAUAGUUGACUGUGGAGCGCUAGAUACACUGGUGAUCUGCUUAGAAGAUUUUGACCCUGGAGUAAAAGAAGCUGCCUCCUGGGCCCUUGGCUAUAUAGCGAGACACAAUGCAGAACUGUCACAGGCUGUGGUGGAUGCCGGAGCAAUUCCUCUCUUAGUACUCUGUAUCCAGGAGCCAGAGAUUGCUUUGAGAAGGAUUGCGGCUUCAGCGCUCAGUGAUGUUUCAAAGCAUUCUCCAGAGUUAGCGCAGACGGUCGUGGACGCGGGGGCAAUUGCUCACUUGGCUCAGAUGAUCCUCAACCCUGAUGCCAAACUGAAGCGUCAGGUGCUAUCAGCUCUCAGCCAGAUAGCAAAGCAUUCUGUGGACCUGGCAGAAAUGGUGGUUGAAGCAGAAAUUUUCCCCGUUGUACUCACUUGCCUGAAGGACUCCGAUGAAUAUGUCAAGAAAAAUGCUGCAACUCUAAUUAGAGAGAUAGCAAGGCAUACGCCUGAGCUUUCACAACUUAUCGUGAAUGCAGGGGGAGUUGCCGCUGUCAUUGACUGUGUUGGCAGCUGCAAAGGAAAUGUUCGGCUCCCAGGUAUCAUGAUGCUGGGCUAUGUGGCAGCUCAUUCAGAGAACCUGGCCAUGGCGGUGAUAAUUUCCAAGGGGGUUCCACAGCUGGCGGUGUGCUUGUCAGAAGAACCAAAAGAUCAUAUUAAAGCAGCAGCUGCUUGGUCUUUGGGGCAGAUUGGGAGACACACUCCGGAACAUGCUCGUGCCGUUGCGGUAGCAAACGUGUUACCCGUGUUGCUUUCGCUGUAUAUGGCAACUGAAAGUUCAGAAGAUCUUCAAGUCAAAACUAAGAAGGCUUUAAAGAACAUCUUACAGAAGUGCACUCACCUGCCAGCCCUUGAGCCCUUGCUACAUGACGCUCCUCCCAACAUCCUGAAGCAUGUAGUCGGCCAGUUUAGUAAGAGGCAAUCCCUUUGCCCCCAGCAGCUGUGGUUGAUUCUGGCAUGCUCUCUUGAGGUUCUGCCCCAUGAUUCCAAGGCCCGGCGCCUUUUUGUAACAAGUGGUGGCCUUAAAAAGGUUCAGGAGAUAAACACGGAGUCGGGGUCGCUUCUUCAAGAGUACAUCAACACUAUUAACAAUUGUUAUCCGGAAGAAAUAGUCAGAUAUUAUUCUCCUGGAUAUUCUGAAGCCCUUCUGGAAAGGGUAGAAAAUUAUCAGCCUGUUCUAUAAACUUUUCAGCUUUUGGGAUAGAAAAAAAAAAUCUUUUUCCUAUCUGUGUUUUUGUGUGGCGAGCAAAUAUAGUUUGAGAAAUUCUAGUCUGGGAUAUAUUUAACCUUCUGUUCUGUUACCAAUCAGUUAUGACAACAGAAAGACAUACUCUUACCACCUUUGAUCCACAGUUGGUUUUCUGGAAGCUCAUGCUAAGACCAAGGACUGUCAUGCACCUAUGUUAAGAGGUCUGCAUUUCUCAGACAUUCUCAAAACCCUGAGAACAGAGGAGUCAGCACUUAUUCUGGAUCAGCCUGUGGUCUUUGGAGCAUUUUGUCCAAUCAGGUGCUUAGAAUAAAGGAGCUGUUCCAGCAGAUAAGAAUAUUACUAUGUGAGAGGCUUGCAGCACCAUCCGCUAAGCUCUGGAGCUCUACAACCUCCAUUCAUUUCACCAGGGCUUGCAGAGAGAUGUCAUUUGUAGCUUGCCCGGUCCAAGUAGGAACUGCCUCCAGAUGAGCAAACAACUACUCCCUUUGCAUCCCCACUUCUUGAUUGACCCCCUGUUACCGCCUCCACUCCCAACACUCUUUGCUUGGCAUCUUGAAGAAUGAACAUGUGACCGGUAAACUGAUGGAUGUUUGACCUUUUUAACAUCUAGGCUUUUGAUGGUACAGUUUCAUGCUUCUGAAACUUUUAGGACUGGAUUUCAGGAGAAGUGUUAUUUGGGCAACAAACUAUUUGCCAAGAUUGGUAAGUAGUUAAAGGAAAACUGGACAUACGGACUACAUUGAACCUUGCUUGAAAAUUUGACAACACCUCUGUUUACCACAACUCCUGAUUGAGAGAGAGCACUAAAAAUGGAAAAUCACACUCUGCCGGCCUCCUAAUUACCCAACAUGAUAGC